UGACAGUUCGCAUCUUUGUUGUAAACAACGGGAAAAUUUUCUACUGAUGCAGUUUACGGGUUUCCUGAGCGCUUUCGCAGCUUUAGUCAAGAUAAUUCACCAAAAAUCCAAUUAAAAGUCAUGAUAAUUUUAUAGUUUGCUGCCUGAACGUUUCGUAAAAUGUUGACCUCAAAGAUAAGCAAAGUGGGCAAGGUGGUAAUUUGCGGUGCCAAAGGUGUCGGAAAGACCGCCAUUCUGGAGCAAUUGAUCUACGGCAAUGUUACCAUCGAGUCGGAAAUUCACAGCACAAUUGAGGACACCUAUGUAGCAAGUGUUGAUACAGGAAAGGGCAGCCGAGAUACGUUGAGGAUCUACGACACUGCUGGCCUUCAGGGCAGUGUUCAACUGCCGAGACACUAUCUGUCCUACCCGGAUGCCUUCGUUUUAGUAUACGACCCAAGUGAUCCAUCCAGCUUGGACAUGCUCGGUGGAAUCAAGAGUGAUAUCGAUAAGUAUAAAGAUAAAAAAGAAAUAUUCAUAAUCGUGAUAGCAAAUAUGCGGUCUCGGCAGACCCGCUCGGCCGGAUCAUCCCCGAUCAAUUCCUCUCAGCAUUAUCAGCUGAACAACGAUGCAAUCGAAUCGAAUCUCACGCGGGCCAACAAUUGGUGCGCUCGUGAGAGGAUCAAACACUAUACCGUCAAUGCAAUGGAACGGGCUUCGCUGUACGAACCAUUCGUGCAGUUGGCCAGCCGAUUGUAUCCUCCUCAGACAAAGAGUAGCUUCCCACAGCUUCGUCAACUGACACAGAAAACCUCCAAAGUAGACAACAGUUAGUGAAAUGUUCUGUGCAUUUUUAUACUAGGAACCAAAAAUUGCUUGAGUUGGAGUCGACAUGGCGCGACUCUUGCCUGCUCGAGACUAAAACGGUCUGAACGAGCCUAUUGGGCUGUUCUUAGUGAUUGUACGUUGCAAUUAUUACUAGAGUAUUAUAGUUUCUUUCCUUUUAUGUUCAGGGAACCCGUUAGACUGCACUUUAUUGUAAUGGAGUUUUAAAAAUUAUUUAAAAGAAGAAGCACCAUUCUCAUUAGGGCGGCGCAAGGCCUCGGCAUCCUCGAAUUAGAACGCUAAGUUCAAUGGGCAUUUACAACGCCCGGCGAGUUGUACUUAGUAGUUGAGAAGGUUUGAUGGAUAAGCGAUACUUUGAUUCGUGACAAAUCGUGUGUUAUGAAUAGGAGAAGGCUACGUCAUUUGUGUACCCUCUUUUAUCCGUUUAGGUUCAUUUUUAAGUAUUAGUUCAUUACGCACCCAGUUUAUAAGCAUUCUGCUUCCUAUUAGUCAUCUAUCGAAACGUGCAUCUCCUGAAAACGUACUUACUAGAAUUAAGGCUCGGAAAAGUAAAGUUAGGAUUAGUUGAUAUCAAAUAGUAAGGAAAGCAAACCCAAUAGAAACGAAAUACAUUUAUUUUGCUUUACAACAUUUUGAUUGCAA